GGACAUUUAGAGAGCAAAAUGUCUCUCUUGCUUGAGAUCCCCUUGUUUUUGUUGAUUGCCCUUUAUUCCUACUUGGAGGCUUUUAUCAAGCUUUUCAUUCCGGUGAAGAGAAAGUCUGUCACUGGAGAGAUUGUCCUGAUCACCGGAGCUGGCCAUGGACUUGGGAGAGCCAUGGCUUACGAAUUUGCGAAGCAUCGCUCCAGAUUAGUUCUCUGGGAUAUCAAUAAGCAAGGCGUUGAAGAAACAGCUGCAGAAUGCAGAAGACUGGGAGCCACGGCUCAUGCCUUCGUGGUGGACUGCAGCAACAAAGAGGAAAUCUACUGCACUGCAGAGAAGGUGAAAGAAGAAAUUGGAGAUGUAUCUAUCUUGAUGAACAAUGCAGGAGUGAUAGCUCCAACUGAUCUGCUGUCAACUGAGGACUGUGAGAUCCAGAAAAUGUUUGAAGUCAACAUCCUCGCUCACUACUGGACUUCAAAAGCAUUCCUGCCAACCAUGAUGAGGAACAACCGUGGCCAUGUUGUCACUGUGGCGUCUGCUGGUGGUCACAUAGUGGCUCCUUUUCUUGUGACUUAUUGCUCAACCAAAUUUGCUGCUGUGGGAUUUCACAAAGCUCUGACGCAGGAAUUGAUUACACUGAAAAAGAACGGGGUCCAGACUUCAUGCAUCUGUCCUAUGUUUAUAAAUAGCGGCUUUGUCAAAAAUCCAUCAUCAAGACUGAUGCCACCUUUGGAGCCAGAAGAAGUAGCAAAGAAAGUAAUGGAGGGGAUAUUGGCCAAUAAGAGAAUGAUUUUUGUUCCACCGCUUCUGAAAGUCAGUGUAAUGCUGGAUAGGUUUCUUCCUGCUCGGGCAGUUGCCGCAUUGUGGAGGCUGAAUGAACUUAAAUUUGAUGCCGUUGUUGGGUACAAGGAUAAAGAAAAAUGA